CAGAGCCGCCCUCAGCUCCACCUUAUAUACUCGCAGAUCUAAAGCCCACAUAAAGCAAAGUCUUCCCUAGUUCCAGCUCAUCAGAGCCACCACCUGGGGGUGGGAGCCAGGCAACCCCAAAUCUCAGCACCCGUGGUGGAAAGGAUCCCUGCCUACUAAGGACUCACCAUGAAGAACUACUUGGUUUUCCUUCUUGCUGCGACUAUUUUCUCUUUCACCAGCUCUCAAGAUGCUGCAGAGGAGAAUCCAACUGUUGUUGUGGAAGAAGAGGAUCCAUUCUACAAGAUCCCGCUCAACAAACUUGCAUCCUCUGCAUCCAACUUCGGCUAUGACCUUUAUCGCAUGUACGCAAGCAAGAAUCCAUCCAGCAACAUCUUUAUGGCACCACUGACCCUUGCCACUGCCCUUUCUGCCGUCUCCUUGGGUGCUGGACAGCGGACUGAAUCCUUAAUACAUCGUACUUUGUACUAUGACCUCCUUAAUGACCCAGAUGUCCAUGCCACCUAUAAAGAGCUGCUUGCAAGUCUUUCUUCUGCAGACAAAGGAGUAAAAAGUGCAUCUCGAGUCAUAUUGGAGAGAAAGCUUAGGUUGCGAAUUGAUUUUGUGAAUCAGAUGGAAAAGUUCUAUGGAUACAAGCCUCGGGUCUUGUCAGGAAAUGCCCGCCUCGAUAUCUCAGAAGCCAACGAUUUUGUACAGAAGAGGACAGAUGGGAAAGUGCUGAAAUUUUUGAAGGAGGUCCCCUCUGGUGUCAGCGUCCUCCUGCUUGGAGCUGCUUCUUUUAAAGGUCAGUGGGCGCAAAAAUUUAAUCCCAGUGAAACCGUCCUACGUGAAUUCAACACAGAUGAGCAGACAUCAGUCUCAGUUCCAAUGAUGACAGCCAACUAUGUCCCUGUGAAAUAUGGCCUGGAUUCUGAUUUUAACUGCAGGAUUAUGCAGCUGCCACUCAGCGGAGGAAUCAGCAUCAUGUUUUUCCUGCCUCUUACUGUUACCCAGAACCUCACCCUGAUUGAAGAGGGUCUAACAUCUGAAUUUGUCCAUGAUAUAGACCGGGCAUUACAGUCAGUCAGCAUAAAGCUUAGUGUACCAAAACUGAAGCUGAACUAUGAGGCACAACUUGCCAGCACAUUAGAAGAUAUGAAACUCCAGCCACUAUUCUCAACUCCGGACUUCAGUAAAAUGACUUCCAAACCAGUGAAGCUCACACAGGCUCUGCACAAAGUUGUAAUGGAACUAAAUGAAGAUGGAAGAGAGCACACGGCAAAGGUGGAUCCCAAGCAGAUCAAUCACUACCCGCUCGAGUUCCAUUUGGAUCACCCGUUCCUCUUUGUUGUGCGCGCUGAUGAUAAUGGUGCCCUUCUCUUCAUUGGGAAAGUAAUGAAUCCUAAAGAACUUUCUCGUUAAUCUUCAUGCAUUUUAUGCAAAUGAUGUAAACAAUUGCAUAGCAAUGAAUUGCAGAUUCUAUUGGCA